UUGUCCCUGAUCGAGUUGCCUGCCUGCUAACUGAUGUCACAUCCAGGACACAUGCCGUAAAUGCAUUGCACCUGCAGGGGCUUUCGGGCUGGAGCCACAAAGCCAUCUGCUGCUGCUUGCUCCCAGCUACCUUCUGCCAUUGGCUUGGAGACAUGAGGAUAUCAGACUUGAUGGAGCAGCAAUGACAUGGACUGCCCACACUCACCAGCAAACCGGUCACCUCCCCCGGCCAUCUUAGAGGAAGACAAGGGAGAGGAAGAGAUGAAGGCAGGGCAUGAGCACCUGAAGGACGCUAUGGGGGAUGAGGACUUGGAGCUGCUGAAAGAGUCCUACCAGGGCUUGGAGAACCUGCGCUGGAGUCUGAGGGCUGUAGAACAGGCCGUGUACCUCAGUCUGCCUGCAUGGAUACAAGGAGCAUUGCUAUGCAACCUUGUAGCACCUCUGGGUCUAGCUGGGAUCCACAACAGCUUCCCAGCACGUCUCCUAUCCUACAUCCUUCUCCCCUACAUGCUUCCAGCCACCAUCUUCAUCUUUGCCAGCCAGAGUGUGUUUGUGCGUGCUUGGAGGUGGAUUUCUUUCCCUUUUAGGACACUCCAGCGGCUGAGUAAGCUUACAGAAAGCUCCCUUUGCCUGUGGCGGAGCCUAAGGCAGACUGUGCCGAACGCAAUCAAUGUCGCCUCCUCCUGUUUGCAUAGGCUGUGGGUCCCAGUUCCCCAUGCUAGAGUCCUGGCAGAGCAGGAACGUUCUGACCAGGCCAACCCGGUGCAUCAGCGGUCCUCGCUGAACAUGCAGCUCUCCACGCCUGGCUUCCACACUCCUGUCGACCCCACCACUGAUACCAUAAGCUACUCCUUUCUCUUCAACCUGGCCCUGGGGAUGGGUAGUCAGCCAAAUACCCCCCUCCUGCCAAACACCAGGCCCAUUCUCCUGGAGCUGGAGUUUAACGCAGAUGUUGAGGUAGAAGCAGAGAAAAUGGGCAAAGGGGGACAGCCAGGUGAUGGCACUUCUCCACGCAUCUCCUUCUUGGAGCUGGAUAAUGUUAAUGAUGAGGGGGGGACCACUGCAGAUGGAGGUGAGGAAAAGCCCUAGAACAGAGCUACACCAUCCUACUACAAAGCCCAACUGUCUGGUGUCACCAUUGAGUAGACAUGUGCUUGGCGGUCUGCAGGAGAUGCUUCUGACAGUGACAAAGGCAUGGCGAACCAGCCGCACCCAAAGAGCAAUGUGAAUCGUCAGCCUCUCCCUUUAGCCUGCUACUUCUCCAAUAUUUGGCCACCUGCUAUGAUAUAUAGUACUGGCUGUGGGACAUCACCAGCAAAAAUCAUGUGAUUACACAAAGACAGGUCAUGUGACCGCAGUGCCUGUGCAGUGUUGGUGAGCCCACUGCUUCUAAGAGCUCUCACUAAAAGCACCGUGACAAAAAGUGCCACUGAGCCUGUUUCGGUUAUUUGACUAACCAAUCAAAAAGCAUACACCAGUCUGUUCCAUAAACCUGCACCUGGCCAACCGACCUUUAGAUUUAGAAAUAUUUAAUCCUGAUUAUUUAACCUGAAACACUCAUCAGUUAAUGUUACUUUAUUAUUCAUAAUUUCAUUCAUUUAAUUUAGAAAAGAUUGACUUUUUUUGUAAACAACAGUUCUCUUAUCGUAACACUUUCAGAGAACUUAAAGCUAACGCACAAUUUCAGUUAUUUAUAACACUUUUAUUAGCAGCAAAAGUAGGUCUUCAGACAAUGUGACUGCAUUGCUCACAGUAAAACAGUACAAAAUCUUCCUGGCACAUUUCAUAAAUAAAUGCAUAAUUUCUUUUCCAAAAAAUAA